GGCUAUUUCACAAGUACAAUACCACAACCUAUAUGUAUAUUUUUCAUUUGAUGGCAUAACAGAGUAACCGAUCGAGAUGAAAAGUUCGAUGUUGGCGAAGGUGCUUUUCGUGCUAUGCGUUGCCGGUGUUUCACAUUUUGUCAACGGUGAUGACUUAAGUAACGAAACUAGUGAUAGUAGUGUCAGUGAAUCUCCAAUUGCAAGUCGCAGUAUAAUACAUCCAGGUGACUUAUCAAAUCCAAAUAUAGUUGAGGUCAAAAAUUUAUCAACGAUACACGACAGUGAAAAUAUAAAUAGUUAUAGUUUGGACCAGAAUGUCUUCACCCAUGAAAGAAAUGGAGAUCAAAAACUGAAGAUUGUCAGUGAAAGCGCACAUCAGCUCAGAUAUACCUCAUCAGCACAAUCAUCUACGAGUCUUAAAACUAACGUAGCGUCGAGUAGUACUGAAAAAAGAACGCGAAGAACAAGUAGCAGUAGAAGUAGCAGUUUUUCAGAAAAACUAAAAGGGUGGCAACCUUUGUAUGGAAUUGGUAGACUAGGAAGGGAAGCUUCAGAUGCAAAAUGCAGGAAGGAGCUACAAGAGCUAGUGGAAGCUAUUGAAAAUGAAAAAGUAUGGGCCCUGAAAGCCUUGGACGCCAGUGGUACGCCAGAACCAGGCUUCUUCUACGGCAACAACCUGUGGAUAGGCUCCCAUUUCCAAUGCGUGGAUAUCUCGAACAGGAAGCCGUUCGAAGUGAACAAAAAUGUGCCGCACGCUGCACCGACUCCUUAUGACUAUCCACCAUUCCAGAUGGCGUUCGCUAUGGUAUACGCCAGACACAACAGCACUUUGCAGCAACAUACGCAACUGCCUUCCGAGUGGACUGUACAACUCGGAUUAUGUAUCCCAAAAUCUUGUAGCAGUGAUGAUCUCAAACACUUAUCGAAAAAGUAUUUUUCUGAAGACAGUCUAGAAUUUCAGGACAUCUACAAAGUGAAACUUGAUGUUCUUGAUGUUAAGAAACUAAGAGAAGAUGCUGGAUGGGUUUUCAUGUCGCCGAAAACAAUAAUAUUCUUAGUUAUUUUGAUUAUUACGCUGUUGCUUUGCAUCGUGGGUACUAUCUUAGAUGUAAGGACGCAUAAUAAAGAAAAAAACCUAAUCAGUGGACAUAAUGCUGGUAUUACUAUGAAUGUAAAAUGCGUCACUACAAACAUUACAACAGUCGAGCUAGUACCACCCGGCUUGGACAGCGAACUCUCAAAUCGUGAACCAAGCUCGUUAGAAAAAAUCCUAGUAUGUUUCUCAGUGUACACAAACACAAAGAACCUGAUGAAAACGAAGCUAGCCUCAGACUCAAUCGGAUGCAUCCACGGUCUCAGAUUUUUGGGCAUGCUUUGGGUCAUCGCGGUGCAUUCGAUAUUCUACCAAGUCGAUUUCUUCAAGGACCCAGCGGUUGGGUUUAGGGUUUCCGAGCAGUUUUUCUCGCAGGUUUUCAGCAAUUCCUCGUACUGCGUUGACACGUAUUUGGUAAUCAGUGGCUUCUUGGUAGGGUAUUUGUAUUACAAAGCAAAAAAUCCUCAUGAAGAAAUGAAAAAAAAGAUCAAUUAUAUGGGAAAGAUUAACGAAUUUUUCCAGAUGUAUAUUAACAGAUACUUACGCUUGACGCCUCCGUACAUCAUCUUGAUCAUAUUCGCAGAGUACAUUUACACAUACUACAAAUAUUCCUCAUCGCUAACUUCCUUCGAGAAGCAAGACCAACUGUGCGAAAAGUACUGGUGGAGAAAUUUGUUGUACAUCAACAAUUUGUAUCCUAGGUCCGAGAUGUGUCUCAGUUGGUCAUGGUACUUAUCUUUAGACACUCAAGCGUUUAUGGUUGCUAUUGCCUUGCUUAUUUUGUCCACUGUAGUAUUUAAAAUUGCUGCAGCAUUUACGAUAUUGUUAGUUUUAGUUAACAUUGUGUCUGUGUCUAUGAAAACGUAUUCUAUUGGAUAUAUCCCCACGAUGGAUGAACAAUUUGCUCAACUAGAUGCUAUCUAUGACCUGCCGUGGCACAGAAUUGGACCAUACCUUGUCGGAGUAAUAACGGCCUACUUCCUAAAAGUGAGGCUUCAAAACAAGCUAAGCUUACAAAGGAGUACAAGGAUAUUUCUGUGGACAAUAUUCCCACUGCUAAAUUUAUGGAUAAUAUUCACGAUAUACACCAGACAAAUAUCAAUAGAAUAUUCAGCUUUUUACAUGGGUACAUCUAGAGUGCUGUGGGGUAUUGGAAUAUCAUGGAUCUUGAUUGCCUGCUGUACGGGGAAUGCGCCACUCCUAAACAAGUUCCUGUCCUUCAAGGGAUUCAUACCUCUCAGUAGGAUGACGUACUGUGCAUACCUGCUGAAUCCUUUAACUGCCCAAAUUAUGUUUUUGGGAUCUGAGACGGCAUUUAGUUUAAAGGCUGGUAUGACAUUGUCUAUCUGCGCAGUAUCUCUGAACACAUUCUACAUGUCCUACCUAUACUGUUUAAUGUUCGAGUGUCCAUUUGUCCGUCUAACAAAGAUGGCGUUGACAAAAAUGAUGGGAAAACGUAGUGGCACACAAAGGAACAGAACUGAUGAUCAGACACAGAAAAACAUUGGCGACAAGACGAACAACGACAUAACAACAAACGAAAAUAGUUAAUUGUGAUUUUGUUGAAUAUGGUUAGAAUGAAAUUUUAAGAUAGAUUGUUUUUGUGACGUCACACACUUAACAGCAAUCAAAUGACACAUCGUAGUAAUGUAGCUCCCUAAAAAAUCCAAUUAAUUUUCUGGGUUUCUAUGACCUCAAAAGCCUGGCACACGCUGCGAGAGGCUGCCGCGGGCAGUCGUGUGUGUAUUCAUUCGCAGAAUAUACGUUUUUAAUAGUCCGUUAUUCUCGGCCGCAGAUGCUGAAGUGCUAAGCAGUAUUGAAUAUGAAAAAGUUUCUCAGUUCAAGGUACUUCCGAAGAUAAACGGUUUUUUCAAAAAUCUGUUUAAUUUUUACCCGACUUUACUCGAGGUAGGAUAUUUUAAUAACUUGCACAUUAUCUUUGCACUUUGCGCGGUAUAAUAAGAAUUUCAAUAUGACGUUUCGUCUCGUGUCCUCAAUAAUCAACAGUUAUCCUUAAGAAUGCUAUAUUGGAUGUUUUCACAGGUGGAUGGAGUUUUUAAUUCUGAUUCAAAAAAUGUAUAAUAUGACAUAGAUUGAAAUUGCCAAACAUUAGUAAUUUAAAAAAACUAAGAUUUUCCUAGUUGGCAUUGCAACUGACAAUUUAUCACGUGUUUCCUGCAUGUUUGUUUCAUGGUGCGUAGAGCUCUGUAAGUACAACCUAACAUGCUUAUGGAAACAAGAUAGAUUCGUGGUUUUGUACUCGACAGGAAAACCAUUGAGAGACUAGCAGCAUUAUAGGAAAAUGAGCGACAAAGAUGGCCCACAAGCCAUUGGAAUGCUCAUAUAUUGGUUAUUUAGGCAGGGAUAUUCAAAUUUAAAUAUGUCCUGCAUUCAACAGAUGUGUGGAGUAACACUAAGUUAAAACGGAAGGGGGAGAACUCAUUCAACUUUCCAGAAAUGCCUCUUAAUGUCCCAAUCCUGAAACGAUAUUUUCAUUUCUAAAAAAAUACAGAGUGUUUCCAAUUUUCAUGGUCACCCGGUAUAUACAGUGUUUCACAACUUAUCCGACAAAUUUUAACCACAUAUGAACUGUUAUGAAAGAAUUUGAUUUCUCAAAACAAAAUGUAAUAAAAGUCCUACAGAAAUCGAGAUAAUAAAAUAAUACAGUUUAGCAGUUCAUUUACUUAUAAAAGCUGUUUAAAAUUGGUUCCAUUGGCUGCAGUUAAACCUCAUGUAAUAUGCGCCACGCUGUUGCAUGUGACACUUCCGGGACCUGUUGGGCUAAGGGUGCCUUGUGCUUAUUCCCGAAUUUUCUUCCAUAUUAUCCAAAAAUUUCGUCUUCGGCAUUUAAAACGCGUUGUGUGCGAACCCGACCCCCAUCCAUUCAACGUCUGGAGCUCAAAUCUCUACUAGCACGUGCACGUAAAACAAUUGACCUAAUGUUUCGUAAUGUGGUAUGUGCCUGUUCGGAAAUCGGUGUGCACACAAACGAGAAUCCGCUCGCGAAUUUUGCCCUGCUUCUCCGUACGCUGAAAGAAUCUCCACUAACUCCUCAUUAGUGUACGCGCGUGCCAGUUUUAUAAAUAAAUAACUAAAAACAAAAAUCGACCGUUCUUCAUUCAGAUCACCCACGAUAUAGAUUAAACAUUAUUUACACGUUCUUAUCAGUAUGAAAAACGCAAAAACGAAUUUUGUAAGCAAUUUGUCGAUCACUCUAAAUAUGACCUAGACAAUGAACUUUGGAGGUCAGCUUUGUAAAUUCAAAUAGCAGCUACCAUUUUUGGCAGAAGGUUCGUGUGGGGCAAAAUCGCUAGAGGUCUAAUAUUUUCAGUUUAUGUGACAUAUGUCAUAGACUUAAUUUUCCGUUUAACAAUUAUGUUUAAAAAUUUAUUUUAUUUUUUUAUCCUGUUAAGCUAUUAAAUACCAUAACAUUCUGAAAACCAUACAUUUUUCAAAAAAGGUUUCAAGAAAUGUUUUGAGGGUAUCAUUCAAACAGCAGCCACCAUUUUUGACAAUAUAUUCGUGUCGAACUCGAUAUUUUCAUACAUGAGGUCAAGUGGUCAUACGUGGUUCAAUCAGUCUGACCUACUGUAACGUCUGGAAAGUACACGUACAUCCCGAAAAGAAAGGUUUUUAAAGACCUUAAACGCAAUUCGUCCAUCACUCCAAAUAUGAGCGGUUCAAUCAGCAUGACCUACUGUAACAUCUGAGAAGUACACGAACACUUUGAAAACGUGGCGACAACGCACUUUUCCUCACUCUGUAUCGUCAGAGUACAGAACAGGUCAUACCAUGAUUUCUUUUUGAUCUUUUAAGACGUAGACUAUUACUAAUCACUAAUGACCAAUUGACCUCGUGUACGAAAAUAGAUCCUGAUGAUAAAUCCCGAGCUCGACACGAACCUACUGUCAAAAAUAGUUAUUGCUGUUUGAGUUUACAAAUUUGACCUCCAAAUGACCUCUUGUUGACCUAUUAUUUAAGUCAUAUCUGAGGUCAUAGACAAAUAAUAUAUUUGAUACCAUGAAACUUUUCUCAGAACCUUUUUGGGGUUACUACUUGAAUUUAAAAAAUUGACCUCCAAAUGACCCCUGAGGUCAUUGUUAAGGUCAUAUCUGAUGACACCGAUACAUUAUUUUUUGAUAACCUGAGACUUAGAACCUUUUUUACAUAAAUGCAAGGUUGCCAAGUUUUUGGGGUGUGAGGGUAUUUAAUAGACAUAGCUACCCAAGCGCGCCCAGCGGUCAGCGCUUGAACUAAAGAAUGUAUAUACCUCAGUUCUUGCGACCGCCACUAGGAGCGUUACUUGUUAUUAUUAUUAUUAAUAUUAUUAAACAACAAAUUUGAGUUUAGUACAAGUACUAUAACUAUAUUAGCUGUUUGAGUCGUCAAUGAGAGUGCGAGUAAAGAAUAAUCAAAAAAUUAUUUCGCGAACUAGCUGUAGAAUGCUUGGAGGCCGAACGUAUUGUUAGAAAGUAUUACAACAGCAAUUGUUGUAAAUUUUUGUGAUAUAUAUUGUUAUUAGUAGCGUGAAAAUAAGUAUGUAUACAUCACGAUUGUUGAAUGUGAUGUUGCGGAUAUAUUGGUUCUGACAAUAUUAUUUAUUGUAAAUUAUUAUUUACUGCGUAUUAAAUACAUAUUUAUUUUAAAUGUAAAACUGGAUUUUACUGUAAUAUACUUUUUAGUAUGUA